CCUCUUCGAUACAUGCAUAUGCAUAUAUAUAUAUACAUACAUAUAUAUCUAUAUGAGAUUGUGUGUAUGUGUGCAAAUAUAAAGCAGCUUGCUUUAUUUUAGCUCCUAUAUUCUCAUUCUUCCCUUUAAUAUUCUUUCUUUCUUCUUUGUUUCUCUCUCUAAGUCUCUCUCUCUCCUUGCCCUAGCUAACCCAGCCCUUGAGAGAGAGGGCAGCAGCUGAUGUGAUUCUCCACUACCACUAUACCCACACCCACACCCACCCCUCCAAAAACCAAUUAACCUUUACAAAAGAGAAAGGGGAAGAUACAUAUAUCAAGAGCCAUGGUGUUUUCUUCCAUUCCAGCUUAUCUUGAUCCUUCCAACUGGCAGCACCAGCAAUCGAAUAAUAAUCAAAUCAUUGGAAGCAGCGGCGCAAAUCCUCUACUCCUGCCGCUUCCCGCUGCCGAUCCGCCGCCCCAUGGCGCCGCCGCCGCCGCAGGAUCGAUCCGGCCGGGAUCCAUGGCCGAGCGAGCUCGUCUUGCUAACAUACCCUUGCCUGAACCUGCCCUCAAAUGCCCUCGCUGCGAUUCCACAAAUACUAAAUUCUGUUACUUCAAUAACUACAGCCUUUCUCAGCCUCGACACUUCUGCAAGACGUGCAGAAGGUAUUGGACCAGAGGCGGCGCGUUGAGAAACGUUCCGGUUGGCGGAGGAUGCCGGAGGAACAAAAGAAGCAAGUCCACGGCGAGCUCCAAGUCUCCGGCCAGCAGCGACCGCCAAAAUAACUCCACCUCUUCCUCCGCCGCCGCCGCCGCUAUUUCUUCCAGUAACGCCGCCAACAACAUUUUGGGGCUUUCCCCACAGCUGCAGCCUCUGCGCUUCAUGUCUCCUUUGAGCCAAAUGACAGAUACUUUCAACGGCGAUAAUUUGGUCAAUUAUAGUGGAAUUACAGCUCCGACGGUGGGCCCCGGCACGGCUGAGAUGAACUUUCAUGGAUCUGCAAACUUAAUCUCCGGCGGAGGCGUAUCUUCUCUUUUUUCCGGCGGAGGCGGGAGCAUUGAGCCAUGGCGACUGCAGCAUCAGAUUCAGCAAUUCCCUUUCCUCGGCGGCUUGGAUCCAUCCUCGUCGGGGAUUUUCCCAUUCCAAGGCGGCGAAUCAGGGUUUAUCGGCGGCGACGGCAGUCCCCACCACCACCACCAGGUGAGGCCGAAGCUUUCCGGCGGGAUGCUGAGUCAGCUGUCGUCAUCUGUGAAAAUGGAAGAAAACCACCCCGAGCAGCAGCUGAACUUGUCGAGGCAGUUGUUGUUGGGAUCAUCGUCUGGAAAUGAGCAGUGGAACUCAACCACUGCAUCGCCAUGGACGGAUCUUUCCAGCUUCAGCACCUCCUCCAGAAGCAACCCCAUGUAGGUCAUCAAUAUCUAUAUUAAUUAUCAAGAUUUAGCUUAAUUAGGUCCUGGAAGAGGGUAUCGUGAUGGAAGAAUAUCAAUUGGAAGUGAUGCGAUCAAGUACCGACUCAAACCCUAAAACACAUUGGGAAGAUGGAACCGAUGGAUCUAUGGUUAUGAUAAGUGCCCAAAAAACCCUAAAAUUGGUUGGUCUGUUCGCCUGCUAUUCACUAAUUAGUGUUUCGACUCAUAUGAUAUAUAUAUAUAUAUGUAUCUAUGUAUUUUCUGGUGUCUGAGAGAUGUUUAAUUUCUCAGAUAAUUUCUAUGAGAGUGUUAUUUCUUUGUA